AUGCGGUUGUGGUGUUUGACAACAGUCUUUGGUGCUACUGCGCUUAUUUCUGCUUCGGGCCAAAAUCAGCGGGACUCAUUAGUGGAACAAGUGCGUCAAGUGGACCCGGCCAUAUACAAAUGGUAUCGAGAUACCUAUUGGGAUACCUGCGGCGAGAUCGAACAGCGGUCGUCUCCGCCUCCCGAUGACGUGAAUCGAAAUACGAAUCGGAACGAUCAAACGACUCGCGCUCCAUCUUCGACUCGAGCUCCGUCUCGACCGCCGACGGUAGCCCCCAGACCAACUCCGGACCGAGGACAGCAGGGCAACGACAGCAACAACGGAUACCGCGACCCCAGUUAUCCGCCCAACUACGACCCGAAUAACCCGAAAAACUUGAACACGAGGACUCUCCCCAUAAGUUUCCCAUCCGAAGCCGACGAAGCCCGGAACAUCGCGCACCAGGACCGCAUCAAUAAGGAGGUUCUAGCCCAGCGAGAAUAUAUCGGACCAAACGGGGGUGCUGCCCCGAUUAGCAACCCGGGUUACCAAGCCGGAUCACAGGGAACAGGACGCUUCCGCUUCGGUAACGGACAAAACAACGGGUAUGGAGGCGUUAAUAACGGGGGAGCCGGAUACAACAACAACAACGGCUACAACGACAACAGCAACGACGGCUACAACAGAAACAGCAAUGGCUACAACAACAAUGGCUAUAACAACAACGGCGUCAACAACAGACCAAACGGUGGUAAAUACGGCUCUCGAGCUCAGAGUCCUCAAAUAGUUCGACUGGCCAACGGAGACACUUUGAUCAUCCUCAGAACGAAACGUGAAACCGUCACGGACACGAAAAUGUACUUCCCAACCGUGGUAGGGGGUCGAGAAGCCUCUCGAACCUAUCCUUGGAUGGUGCCCAUAGUUGCGAAGGGUUCCGAGGAGAGCUACGUUAUCUGGUGUGGCAGCACCCUAAUAAGCGAUCGGCAUCUGCUGUCAGCAGGUCACUGCUUUGAUAUUCGUCAAGAUCCGGCAACGUUCAGCGCUCUCAUCCGAGCGCACAACAUUUCGCAGCCGCAGGAAGUUGUCGACCUGAAGAGUAUCGUCAUUCAUCCGGACUACCAGCCAGGAAAAUUCUACAACGACAUCGCCAUCGUGACGCUUGCGAAACCUGUGAAGAAUUUCAAGCCGGCAUGCCUUCCGAUUGAAGAUCCGGUAGGUGUUGAUGACGCGGGGAAGACCGUCGAGGUUCUCGGAUACGGUUCGUUGGCGUUCGGGGAACGAGCGAGUCAGACGCUACAGGUAGCGAAACUGGAAGUUUUCAAAAACGACGAGUGCCGAGCGAAUUAUUCUUCGAAGCAGGACACGGCGCUGAAUCAGGGAAUAAUCAAAACCCAACUCUGUGCCGGGGCCAGAGACGGAUCUAGUGACGCGUGCCAGAACGAUUCCGGAGGUCCUCUGGUGAACGAUGACUAUCUGGGUCGACGCAUGGUGGUCGGUGUCGUGUCGUUCGGUUUCCAGUGCGCUCGGGAAGGAUAUCCGGGAGUGUAUUCAAGGGUGAAAGAAUUCCUGCCCUGGAUUAUGCCGAUCAUUCGAAAAAAAGCCUUACCAGCAGUGCCCGGCCGCGGGAAUUUCUGCGGUUUCUACCGAAAACUGUCGAAAGACAUCAUGCUGUGCCGUACGUUCGCGCUUCUCAAUUUGCUCGUGUGCGCGUCGGCGUUGCCCGGAGGGAUAAAUGCGAAAGAAACUUCAGGAGACGCCUCCAGCCUCGAGCCCGGACUAUACCAGUGGUACAUCGACAGCUUCUGGAGCACGUGCGGCCGGACAGAAGAUAGAGUUCGCCCUACGGAAGACCACAGAGAUCUUUUGGGCAGUUUGGACGAACGCACACCUCCGUCGAGUGGAGUGGACGACACUGUGAAAACAACCGAAAAGCCGCCUGCACUGGCUCCUGAAAUAACAACGCUGUCUACUAGCCCUACGGAAAGAACAACAUCCCGGGCGUUCACAACGAGUGAAGCCGCUCCAAAAGCCGAUGGACUUUUUCCGUUUUCGGGGGACCGCGAGAUAAAGGCAUCGGAUGGGUUCAUCGGCAAGCCCAAUAAUAACGGACAGACUUCGACUGCUGGGGGGACCCAGUCGCUAUUCAUAAGCUUCCCUUCCGUAGCUCAGGAAGCGCGGGAUAUCGCUGAACAAGACCGUAAAAAGCAGGAAUUCCUUUCCUUACGGGAGAGACAAAGGUCCCCGUAUAAUGCUGAGCCAGGUGAAGAGUUUUCGUGGGUCCCUGGCUACAUGCGCGGAUCCGAUGAGGAACGCGGAGCGGUGACUCACGGACCCUCUCGAAUGCGAUCAAUGGACGCGAUGGGCUACCACUCGAACGUGGGGGAGGGUUCCCCUGUCAGCAGGAAGGAGCGAGACGCUCGUACACAGGUCGCUGGAGGACACGAAGCUACGAAAAUAUACCCCUGGAUGACUCCGCUCAUCGCGAAGGGCAUAAAUAACAGCUCAGUAAUUUGGUGCGGGAGCUCCCUCAUAACCAGCAGACACCUCUUGACCGCUGCCCACUGCUUCAACGUCAGGAAAGAUCCGACGCUUUUCAGCGCCCUGAUCAGAGUUCACACUCUCAGUGAGCCUGGAGAAACCAUCGAUCUGGAAACAAUCACCAUCCAUCCUGAUUACGAGAAGCACCUCUUGUAUAACGACAUCGCAAUCGUCACGUUGGCGAGAAACGUCGAAAACUUCAAACCGGUCUGUCUCCCAGUCGGAGAAGGCUCCGCAAGCCUCGGGGAAACUGGAGCGCCGGUCGAAGUCUUGGGCUUCGGUUCUCUGGCCUACGGUGAAGGAUCGAGCAAGACCCUGCAGGUGGCGGAGCUGGAAGUUUCAGCGAAUGAGGACUGUCACUCCAACUAUUCCACGAAGCCGGACGAUGCGCUCAUCAGAGGAAUUAUCGGUAGUCAGCUCUGUGCGGGAGCGGCGGAAGGAUACGCAGACGCCUGUCAGAACGAUUCCGGGGGUCCACUGGUGAACGAAGACAGCAGCGAGCGUCGCAUUGUUGUCGGUAUUGUUUCAUUCGGAUUCCUAUGCGCAGGAGAAGGCUUCCCCGGAGUUUAUACCCGAGUGUCAACGUUUUUGCCGUGGAUCUUAUCCACAAUUCGUGGGUAG